CUCGCCCCGCCCACCUUUUCCUCCGCUCCCUCAAUCACCUCGUCUCGCGUCCUCCGGCCCUCAGGUCCUCCCAGACUCCCGCCGCCGCCGCCGCCGCCGCCGCCUCCCUUGCCACCCGGCCUCUCGCCGCCGCCUCCUUGUCCGGUCCGUCGCACCGGAAGUUCCCCCACCAACCGCUUAUCGAGGGCGGGUGCGCGGCUACUUCCGGUCCCCGCCCGCCUCGGGGACAAACCCGGGCGGACGACAAAGGAAUGAAUGAGUCCGGGGGGACGCCCAAGAGGUUCCUCAUUCCGGACCCGGAGCAGGUCUACAGGAGCGACCCUGACCCGGUCAGGCCGCUCUUCCGGCCGGGGGUGUCGUUGGCCAGGGGAGGUGGGCAGAGCGAGGCGCCGGCGGCUCCCAGGGCCUGCCCCUCCCCCCCGCCGGCCGGGAGGAGGGGGGAGACGGGGGUGAGUGGCGGCCCGGGGUCAGCCGAUCGGGGCUCGGGGGGAGACGGAGCGGACGCCGGUCCCACCACGGCGGCGAAGCGACUGGCGGCCAAGCAGAACACCAUCGUGGUCAGCCCGAGGCAGAGAGGGAAUCCAAUCCUGAAGUUCAUCCGGAAUGUUCCCUGGGAGUUUGGCGAUGUUGUGCCGGAUUACAUACUGGGCCAGACCGCCUGUGCUCUCUAUCUGAGUCUCCGCUAUCACUGCCUGAAUCGCGAUUACAUUCACAAGCGGCUGAGGGAGCUGGGACAAGCCUUCGCAUUGCGAGUCUUACUGGUCCAUGUGGAUGUGAAAGAUCCAUACCAAGAUCUCAAGGAACUGGCGAGAAUAAGUCUCCUCGCGGACUGCACACUGAUCCUGGCCUGGAGUUCAGAGGAAGCAGGCCGAUACCUGGAGACUUACAAGGCGUACGAGAACAAACCCUCGGAUGUUUUGAAGGAGCGAGUGGAGAAUGACUAUGUGUCCAAGGUGACGGAUUGCCUAACUACUGUGAAAUCGGUCAACAAGACUGACUCCCUGACACUUAUCAACACUUUCAAGUCUCUGAAAGAUGUGGUGGAGGCUUCGAGGGAGGAGCUAUCUCUCUGCCCUGGUUUGGGUCCUCAGAAGGGCCUCCUGCGGAUGCCUGGUGCCAGCCCCUCACAUCCGUGCACUGGGCACACCUGCACGACGCGGACUGAGAGCCUGCGCGGUCCGGGAGGAGGGGAGGAGGAGGAGGAGGAGGAGGAGGAGGAGCGAGAGGAGUGAG